ACGGUAAAAUUAUUGAAUGAGAUGCCAGUUUUUGACUGUAAUAAACUCUGGUUUUCUUUUGCCAUUUACAGUAAUACACAAUCAAAUCUACACUUGUUGUUUUUACGGUAAAAAAAACAUACAAAAAAAAAAACUGGCAGCUCAGUGGCCUGAAUUUUAAUGUAAAAAGCAGUUUAUUCAGUCAAAAAAAAAAAAAGAAGUACAUUUUACAGUCACACUCUUGCAACUGAGCUUUCCUUUUUUUUCUAUUUACAGUAAUAGGUUGUAAAAAAAUAAAUAAAAAUCUUGUCGUGGAGUGCCAGGGAAUAGCUGACAAAACGGUUUCCUGGAAAUGUCCUCAGAUUGUGCCUGCAAAACGGUUCAGCGUCACACCUGGGCCGCAAAGCACGUGUCUGUCCCGUCGCCAAAGCCCAGCCCUGGAGGCCUUAGGCCCAGGAUGGUGUAGAACUGGUCCGCUCAAGGCUCCAGACUGCAAAUCAGCCGGUCCACGGGAAGUGGAGAAGGUGGUGUCAUUUUAUCGCGCGGGCCACAAAUUCAGCACCUGCAUGUGACUUCAUCACUGGACUAACUGGUACAGUGUGUGUGUGUGUGUGUGUGUGUGUGUGUGUGUGUGUGUGUGUGUGUGUGUGUGUGUGUGUGUGUGUGUGUGUGUGUGUGUGUGUGUGUGUGUGUGUGUGUGUGUGUGUGUGUGUGUGUGUGUGUGUGUGUGUGUGUUUCCCAGGGUGCAGCACGGACAAGAAGGUCGACACACUCAGGACGAGGAUGGCAGCCAGCUUCCAGACUGGGAGAUAGUGGAGGAAACUUAGUGUGCACGCAAUAUCCCACACUUUUGACUGUCUGGAGGGAAAUUGAGUCAACAGCACAGGGAGGAAUGAGGAUGGAAUAAAUGCGCGUGCAUUUCCAGGGAGUCAUACCCCAUCUGAAGCGGACACAUGGCGUCCCAGGAGAGCCAUUUGACAGCCAUACUCCUCAUCUCCAUCUUGGCGGCGGUCCUGGGCUCACUGCAGGUGGGCUACCACACGGGGAACGUCAACGCCCCGGCCAAGAUCAUUGAGGUCUUCUUCAAUGAAACCUGGACAGACCGACACAACCAAACCAUUUCAGACCACAGCCUGACCCUCCUGUGGUCGCUGUCGGUCAGCAUCAAGGACUUCGGAGCCCUGUUGGGCUCGCUGGGAGUCAAAUAUCUGGCAGACUCAUUUGGAAGGCGUAACUCCAUCCUGAUAGUCAACGGUCUGUCCGUGGUGGGAGCGUGCCUGAUGGUCAUCUCCAAAGCCAUCGAAUCAUUUGAGGCUCUCAUCCUGGGAAGACUGUUGUUUGGUCUGUUCUGCGGCCUGGUGAUGAGUCUCAAUCCACUCUACAUCCAGGAAGUGUCCCCCACCGCCCUGAGAGGGGCUUUUGCAACACUCAACCAGGUGGCCUACGCUUCAGGGAUCCUGCUGGGCAUGGUAGCCGGACUGGAGACAAUGUUGGGGACGACGGACCUCUGGGACAUGAUGUUGUCCCUGUCUUUGAUCCCGGCACUGGCACAGUUCCUCAUCCUGCCUUUUUGCCCCGAGAGUCCUCGGUUUCUGCUCCUCAACCAGGGAGAGGACAGCAAGGCGGAUGCUGCGCUACUCAAGCUGAGGGGGAACCCAGAGCGGGUGCAGGCCGAGCUGGAGGAGAUGAAAGCAGAAGCCGCGCACAUCCAGCACCGUGUCUCCGUCUACGACUUCAUCAAGAAGAGAAGUUACAGGAUGCCCAUCAUCAUCGUCCUCUUUGUCACCUUGAGCAGCCAGCUGUCCGGGUUCAAUGCGAUCGUCAAUUAUUCCACCACAAUGUUCCAAGCCAAGUUCGACGAGGCCAAGUACCUGACUCUGGGUGUGGGGGCCGUCAACGUCUUUUUCACUUUGGUGGCGUUUUUCCUGAUGGAAAAGGCCGGGAGAAGGAAGUUGCUCCUGACUGGUUACAUCUGCAUCGCCCUGUGCAACGUGCUCUUGACCGUGGUGGAUUCUGUAGUGCACCUGGUCCCAGAGAUGGCGACCCUGCAGGUCCUGCUGGUGUUCUGCCUGAUCUCGGCCUACGAGCUGGGUCCCGGCCCAAUCUCCUGGUUCAUCGCUGCCGAGCUGUUUGAUCAGCCUGGCAGACCCCUCGCCAUGUCCUUCGCCAGCAUGUUGAACUGGGGGGGGAAGUUUGUCCUGGCGCUGCUCUUUCCUCCCGUCUUGCAACUCAUUGGCGGAUACACCUACCUCAUCUUCAUGGUCGUGGCUCUGAUCGGCUUCACCUUUACCUGGUUCCGACUUCCCGAGACAAAGGGCCGCACGUUCGACGAGAUCAUGGAGAAGUUCAGGGAGGCGGAGAGCCUUCCAUUGCAGACUAAGAACGGUUUCAACACCUUCAACUAAAAACAAACCCUUUUGCGCCUUCCAGAAAUGUGUCUGUCUAGUCUCUUCACUCCGUCUCUCAAAUCCACAAUGUGGGCCAUUGGUGUGAGUAUUCUGUACAUACGUAUAAACUAGUCAGGGAUGCCACUGGUGUGAGUAUUCUGUAGUAUAAACUAGUCAGGGAUGGCACUGGUGUGAGUAUUCUGUAGUAUAAACUAGUCAGGGAUGGCACUGGUGUGAGUAUUCUGUAGUAUAAACUAGUCAGGUAUGCCACUGGUGUGAGUAUUCUGUAGUAUAAACUAGUCAGGGAUGCCACUGGUGUGAGUAUUCUGUACAUACAUAUAAACUAGUCAGGGAUGCCACAGGUGUGAGUAUUCUGUAGUAUAAACUAGUCAGGGAUGCCACUGGUGUGAGUAUUCUGUACAAACGUAUAAACUAGUCAGGGAUGCCACGGACGCAGUGAAUUUGACUGAGCCAGAAAAAACGUACCUUUUGACCUUGGACAUGGCUCAUUUUAGCGCAGAAAAUGUCAAUGACAGCAUUUUGCCAAAUUACAUUCUGAUGAACUCGUUAAAGACACACAAUUUAUUAUUGUUGUUAUUUUUAUUGUUGUUGCUCAAGACCAGUGGUGUCAAACUCUCAAAAUCUUUUCCCGGACUGGUAGAAUCGUUGCAUGAUAACUUAAAAAUAUAACUACGACAACUUCAGAUUGUUUUUCUUUGUUUUACUUUGGUCCCAAAUGGAACAAGCACAUUCUGCAAAUGUACAAAUAAUCCUCUUGACAAAACAUUUUGAGGGGAAAAACUGGUACAGCUGCAAAAACACCAUGACGAAGACCAUGAACUUAGACUUUGUCUCUGUGUGUUUGCAAAGCAAUUCAACUGUCAGUCUCAGUAUAUCUCGGAUUAAACAAAGUUAAUAAUAAACUAGAAUAUUCCCCGCGGAAAUUUUGAUGGGCCCGCUAUCUGUGCCCUGGGUCUCUGGCCGGGGGUCGCCGUACUUUGAAGAUGAUGCCAAGUGUCCUAAGCCCUCAG